CAGUGAAACGUCUGAUGUGCUAAACUGCACCGUCGAGACUGGACUGAUGUGUAUGUCAAGGGAUCAACCGAAUGGUCGUCACUGCCAGCACGACUAUAAAGUUCGCUAUUUGUGCGAAUGUGACUGCCUCCAGACUUUACGCGGCACCCACGGGAACGUCACAGUUCCUGGCAGAUCUAUUUACACUUACAGGCAGUUGAAAUGCCGAUGGAAAAUCAAAACAUCACCUAAGAGAAUCAUUCUUCUCAAGUUUAAAGAAAUGUGGGAAGCAUCAUCUAAUAAUUACUACGGAGACUCAGAGUUGACAAUAUUCGACGGCCUCAAUAUGUCAUCAAGUUUAGUUUUAGCCAAACUAGACGAUUUUACUUCUGAGCAAUGGAAGACUACUACACUGAUGUCUUCUGGAUCGACGAUGACAGUUAAGUUGAAAACUAGAAGAAGAUUACAACGUCACAUGAGCUUUUUAUACACUGCUGAGAAGUUUUCUGCUAAAUGGAAAUUAUGUGAUUUUAACAAAGACAAGUGCGGCUGGACUGACAAUGAUCGGGUUUGGAUUCACGUCAAAUGUAAAAAGAAGAGUGAUAACGAGAUGCUAACGAAUAUAUCUUGUUCGUCAGGCGGCAUUCUUACAGUGAGAAAGAAGAACGUAAAGCGUCGAAAUAGCUACGUCAUUAAGAGUCCAUUAUCUACAAGUUUAAGCGACACGUGUCUGAGGAUGCGCUACAGGAAUUCCAUCCCAAAUGGUCGCUUUACCGUCUCCAUGUGGACGUUAAAUCACACUUACGUUUACAAAUUUUCUGACCAACGAACAACAAAAUGGGCAAACGCUACAAUUCCAGUGCCGAACGGUCAAAUUUUCCGCGUCGUUCUGCGCGUCACGUUGGGAAAAUCUCUAAAGUGGAAAAUAGGAGAUUUGGCAAUAGACGGUAUUAGGAAAGCGCCCUGUUUUGUCGAUACCAAAUGUACGUUUAACAAGACAAACGUCUGCUCUCAUAUUAGAGUACGAUCUCCUACAAAACGUCGUGCUGGCUGGGUGCACGAGAAGAGCGACAAUACGACAAUGACAGAAAAUCCAAAAAAAUGGUUGGCAUUUCGCAUUCUAAGCAGCCAACGCCGAGUGCGUCCAAGUCCCCCAUUUUCUUCUCGUCCUAUUAGAGCGUCUCCUGGUCAGCAAUGCAUCUGUUUCCAAUACCAGACUACGUUUAAAAAUGCCUACGUUCUGCUGAAUUACUCCUGGUUCUACAACGCAAGUCGAUGGGCAACUGAAAUAGUGUGGAAACAACGAGCUUCAGACGGUAACGGACAUUGGAAGACCGCCUGCUUUCCUGUGACGGCCCCGUCGAUGUCCGUCGAAUGGUCGUCGUAUAGAAUGUUCGUCUAUCCAUUCAACGGCACUUCUUCAAAUGGAUAUUUUCUAAUCGCCAAUAUCUCGUCUUUAUUCCGUUGUUCACGGCAAGCUCGUAAUUGCUCUUUCAACUUUGAUCUUUGUGAUUGGACGGAUAAAUUUCAGUCAGAGGGUUUGCCGCCUUCGUGGAUAGUAAGAGAUGGCAGAACAUGGAGAUAUCACUAUUACAGCCUAUCCAGAAACGUCACUUGCCAAAGGAACCACUACGCCGUUUCAGCAAGCUUGUACCGCUAUAUGUCUGAGACGCGUAACCGACGAUUUUAUGUUCUGACUGGAAAUUGGAUAACAUCAAGAAAUUAUCGUUGCUUUUCCUUCUUUAUGGCGCAACAGUCUAGAAGAACACUUACUGUGAGCGUAUCAUCGUAUGAUGGGAGCUACAAAAACUUGAUCCAUGUUAUAUCGCAAUACACAAACACAUGGGAAUUAAAAACAGUUGGUCUUCCGUUAGAUAUAAUCGAUCUUUUCAGAGUGGAAUUCAUUACGCCUGCUUUCCAUCAAAUUGCUAUCGAUGAAAUCCAGUUCAGUCAUAUGUCCUGCGAAUCAGAUGUAGACGAAUGUUCUAAUUCCAGUCUCAAUGCAUGCGCGGAUAAAUGUGUUAAUUCGUUCGGAGACUACUAUUGUUGCUGUUCAUCGACCUACAACUACGAUCUCGCACUGGAUCUACGCAGUUGCAUUCCAAAGUGUCGACGACCGUGUCAAAAUGGUGGCACGUGCUCCACUCCGCACACUUGCUCAUGCCCAAGAGGAUUUACUGGCACGGAUUGUACCAUUCAGUGUGGAGGUCAAAUCAGUAAUACACAAGGGAUUGUUGAAUUUCCUCGCAUAUUAGGAUACAAAGAAAUCCAUUGCAACUGGAGCAUUGUUGCACCGCCAGGAUAUAAAGUAGCUUUAGAAAUAGAAAAAUUUCAGCCAUUUUCGAGUUCCUAUUCUCACUGCUACUUCGCCAACUUAACGUUUUGGAAUCGUCACUCAGACAACGGCUAUCCAGCUUUUUGCGAGCCUCAAAGCGACAGCCGUACGCGUCCGAAAAAGAUUAUUUCGUUGUUUAGAACGCUCAAUUUUACAUACUUUCGAAGAGCAAAUCGUUACGGAGGACAGGGAUUUCGUAUCAACUAUCACACAUUUAGUAUGAAGCAGUUCACAGUAUUACUUGACUAA